GUCCGGUUUUGCUCAUUUUCAUCCACUUCCGGUUGGUUUAUAAUUGAUCUAGUCACCAGAUGAAAUUACGCUAACACGGAGGCUUUGUUUGAUUCAUUAUUGGGCGCAUAAUGGCCGUGUCCAUAAGUUCAACAUGUCCUGGCACGUACUGUGGCCGGAUGUUGGUCAACGGAUCCGUGGAGGGAGACUGUGGUGUUUGUCCUCGCGGAGAGCGGGCCAACCUCCAGAAUGUGUGUGAACGCUGCACUGGGUCCCCCGAGCUGUACGACUGGCUCUAUCUGGGCUUCAUGGCCAUGCUGCCCCUCGUGCUGCACUGGUUCUUCAUCGAGUGGUACUCCGGGAAGAAGAGUUCCAGUGCCCUGUUGCAGCACAUCACGGCCAUGCUGGAGUGCGGCGUGUCGGCCGUAGUCACCCUGCUGGUCACGGAGCCGGUGGGAAAGCUCAGUGUCCAGUCGUGUCGGGUCCAGAUGCUGUCAGACUGGUACACCAUGCUGUACAACCCGAGUCCGGACUACAUCAACACACUGCACUGCACCCAGGAGGCCGUCUACCCGCUCUACACCAUCGUGCUUAUCUACUACGCCUUCUGCCUGGUGCUGAUGAUGAUGCUGCGUCCUCUGCUAGUGAAGAAGAUAGCGUGUGGCCUGGGCAAGUCGGACCGCUUCAAGAGCAUCUACGCUGCUCUGUACUUCUUCCCCAUCCUCACCGUGCUGCAGGCCGUGGGAGGAGGGCUGCUCUACUACGCAUUCCCCUACAUCAUACUGGUCCUGUCUCUGGUCACACUGGCUGUGUACAUGUCUGCCUCUGAGAUACAGUCGUUUAAGAACCUGACUGCCAAGAAGAAGCGCCUGGUGGUCCUGUUCAGCCACUGGCUGCUCCACGCGUACGGCAUCGUCUCCAUCUCCCGACUGGACAAGCUGGAGCAGGACCUGCCGCUGCUGGCCCUGGUGCCGGGCCCCGCCCUCUUCUACAUCGCCACCGCCAAGUUCACGGAGCCCAACCGCAUCCUGUCGGAGGGCGGCAGCGGACACUGACUGGGCUCCCAGCAGGGCGCCGUCCGUACAGUGACAGCACGGGCGCAUGCACCGUCGGAGCGGAUGUUGUUCCAUCAGCCAUCUCUGAUGUGAACAAACGCGCUUCUCUCUUGUUGGAACAAGACAGCUGCUCACAAUACUGUUGGUAAUAUCCAUCUUCAUUCACGCCACGGCCCGGCCGGGGGGUUAAUGUGUUGGGGGUGGGCCUUCUAGCUUCGGCUCAAGACAAAUCAAGUUUUAGACUCGUUGAGUCAGCAGCCUGAGAGCUGUGUGCAGGGUGCUGCUGCAUUAGUGAGCCAGUCACACGUCUGUCUUAUCAAUUAUUGUCUUAUUUUUUUCAGUUAGGGGAGAAAAAUCUAAAUAUAUUUAUUGUCCAGGGAUUUCAGAGAUCUUUCCCCACUAGAUAAAUAUGUACAGUACCAUUCAAAAGUUUGAACACUUUCUCAACCUAUUUUCUAUAUUGAAGACCUCAAAGCUACAUACCAUUGAGAAGGUGUUUCCAAACCUUUUGACUGGUUCAGUCAGUGUGUGUAUAGAUGUCUGAAUACAUGGGAGGCACAAACUCGGCUGACGGUAAACCUGUAAAUAGUAAAUAAUACUUCUUUGAAUUUUACUCAACUUAAUGGUGUGUAACUGAUAUUGUGCUGUUGUCUUAUGUAGACACAUUUGUCAUGUAAGUAAUUGCUGAUGUUUGAA